AUGAUUUUUAUGAUAAAAGUGACUCAAGCGAAAACGAAAAGGGUAUCAAGGUCAAACAAAGUAUUGAAAAAGGAUAUCACGGUUAAACAAGGCAUUAAAAAAGGAAACUUAGGCAUUGAACAGGGUAUUAAAGUUAAAAAACACAUCAAAAAGGGUAUAAAAAGAAAACUUGGCAUUGAAAAGGGUAUCAAAAGAAAACUUGGCAUUGAAAAGGGUAUCAAAAGGGAACUAGACGUUGAAAAGGGUAUCAAAAGGAAACUAAACGUUGAAAAGGGUAUCAAAAGGAAACUAGACGUUGAAAAGGGUAUCAAAAGGAAACUAGACGUUGAAAAGGGUAUCACAAGGAAACUAGACGUUGAAAAGGGUAUCAAAAGGAAACUAGUCGUUGAAAAGGGCAUCAAAAGGAAACUAGACGUUAAAAAGGAUAUCAAAAGGAAACCAGACGUUGAAAAGGGUAUCACAAGGAAACUAGACGUUGAAAAGGGUAUCAAAAGGAAACUAGACGUUGAAAAGGGCAUCAAAAGGAAACUAGACGUUAAAAAGGAUAUCAAAAGGAAACCAGACGUUGAAAAGGGUAUCAAAAGGAAACUAGACGUUGAAAAGGGUAUCAAAAGGAAACUAGACGUUGAAAAGAGUAUCAAAUGGAAGGUAAGAGGAAAAUAG